GCUACGAGGAUUUCUGUAUUCCAAAAUUUCUGCGCUCCCACUCUUAAUCUUGUCCACUUGUAGAUUCUUCUCUUACUCAUUUCAUUAAACAAGUCAACUUCUCUGACUCUUUUGUGAACAGAACAAAACAAAACAAAACAACGCAACGCAACGAUCUCUCUCUCCCUCACACUCACAUCAUUCGAGGUAACUUCAUCGUGCCUUACAAGUAGGCGUAGCUAAGGGUUGCGGGGGAGAAUUGCGUAGAGUGGAGCUGCUCCUAUGGCGGAGGAUGAUUUGUACACUAAAGAUGGGACGGUUGAUUUCCGCGGUAAUCCUGCAAAGAGGAGUGAGACGGGAACAUGGAAAGCUUGCCCUUAUAUUUUAGGCAACGAAUGUUCUGAGCGGUUGGCAUACUAUGGGAUGAGCUCCAAUCUGGUGGUUUAUUUCAAGAAGCACCUCAACCAACACAGCACCACUGCUUCCAACAAUGUCACCAAUUGGGGAGGGACGUGCUACAUAACACCACUCAUUGGAGCCUUUCUGGCCGAUGCAUAUCUUGGAAGAUAUUACACAAUUGCCUUGUUUUCCAUCAUAUAUGUUAUUGGGAUGACAUUGUUGACACUAUCAGCAUCAAUCCCAGGCCUGAGACCAGCUUGCCAUGGGAAAGACGAUUGCCACGCAACAACCAUGCAAUCUGUAGUAUGUUUCAUUGCACUCUACUUGAUAGCCCUCGGGACAGGUGGGAUCAAGCCAUGCGUCUCCUCCUUUGGAGCGGAUCAAUUUGAGGACACUGAUGAGGUUGAGAAGAAGCACAAAAGCUCCUUCUUCAACUGGUUCUACUUCUCGAUCAAUGUUGGUGCCUUGGUUGCUGCUUCUGUCCUAGUUUGGGUGCAAAUGAACGUCGGCUGGAACUGGGGGUUUGGCAUCCCCACAGUGGCCAUGGCAAUAGCUGUUGUGUUCUUCUUCUCAGGCACUCGUUUGUAUCGGAAUCAAAAACCCGGGGGAAGCCCCCUUACACGCAUCUGCCAAGUUCUGGUAGCAUCUUUCAGGAAGUAUCAUGUUAAUGUUCCUGCGAACGAGGAGUCAUUGUAUGAAACCGGUGAUGCUGAUUCUGCGAUCAAGGGAAGUCGCAAGCUCGAGCACACCAAAGAUUUUAGAUUCUUAGACAAGGCUGCAGUGCAGACGGAAUCAGACAUAGUAAAGGGCUUGGUGGAUCCGUGGAGGCUCUGCACGGUGACACAAGUGGAGGAGCUGAAGGCCAUCAUACGCCUUCUUCCAGUAUGGGCAACCGGGAUCAUCUUUGCCACGGUAUAUGGCCAAAUGGGCACUUUGUUUGUGUUGCAAGGAUUAACAAUGUAUACAAAGAUGGGGAAUAGGGGAUUUGAAAUCCCGGAAGCGUCUCUGAGCAUCUUUGACACUCUCAGCGUGCUUUUCUGGGUCCCCGUAUACGACAGGCUCAUUGUUCCUGCUGCCAGAAAACUCACCGGGCACAAGAAUGGGAUCACUCAGCUCCAAAGAAUGGGGAUUGGACUUUUCAUCUCCAUCUUCUCCAUGCUCUCAGCUGGGAUUCUCGAGGUCAUCAGGCUAAGCUAUGUCAGAAGGCACAACUUGUACGAGCUGGAUAAAAUAGACAUAUCGAUUUUCUGGCAGGUUCCUCAGUAUUUCAUCAUAGGGUGUGCAGAGGUGUUCUUUUUCAUAGGGCAGCUUGAGUUCUUCUACGAACAAGCGCCUGAUGCUAUGAGAAGCUUGUGCUCGGCCCUUCAGCUCACGACCGUGGCUCUUGGUAGCUAUCUGAGCACUCUGCUGGUGACUAUCGUAACCAAAAUCAGCACGCGCCAUGGGAAGCCCGGGUGGAUACCGGACAACCUCAACCACGGCCACCUCCACUACUUCUACUGGCUCCUGGCCGGGCUGAGCGUUCUCAAUCUGGGCGUCUUCAUGUUGGUCGCCAAGUGGUACACGUACAAGAAGCCGCUUGGAACGCUUCGUUGAUGGCUUGUGAGCACGGAUGAUGGAUCUUCGUGUUGCAUACUUCACUCACCAAAAUGGGUUGUUGUAAGUUAGGCCUAAGGAUGUCAUUGUUGUGCAUAUAAGCUAUUAUCUGCAAAUUGAUGUAAGAUUUUGUUGUUCAUUAUCAGUAACUAUUGUCUGUCAA